UUCACUGGUAGUGAUUGCACAAUGAGCCAGAGCAUCCCUCCUCUCUAUAUAAAGGCAGCUAACUUGUGGUCAAGUACAACAGAAUUCAGAAGACCAGCUGACUUCUUACUGCCGAUCACCGACUGUCAACAGACACUUACACACAAUGGGCUCCAGCGACUCACACAACAAGCCAGACAACUCACAACACAACUCACACAACAACUCACACAAUGUUAUAGGCUCUGGUAACAAUAAUACGAUCUACCUCCGGUCACAAGGCUUCACCAGAAUGGCAUGUCCACCGACCAAAGCCACAAAAGGAAAUGCCAGAAGCUUUUGGUUCAAACAUGGAACCGGCAUUGCGCCAAUCACCAGGAUUCAACUCACAUUCAACGAUGAGAUGAGUGUUGGAUUGAUCAAAGCAGGGUACAAAAAGCUCCCUACUCCAUUCAUUCCAGAACCAGGAGCUGAUCCCAUCUAUAUUUGGUUCUUCCAAGGGUCUGGAGAGUAUGAUACUCCCAUAGUGGACCUUGAAGUCACUACAACUGCAGAAGAAGAAGCCCUGAAGUUCCAAGAAGGCUGGGAGAAACUGGCCUGUGAUCUGAACCGCGGGGCUGGAGGGUCCUGGCUCUACAUAUGGGUGAAGAGAGAGAAACCAACCUUCAUCUGCGACGUCGCCGUCACCGAUUCUUUCAAAUCCGGCGAAAGGUAUUUUCAGGAUGGUUGGAUCCGUGUGGAUGUAGAUGCUCACAAGGGUGCGGGAGGUGAACACAUCUUCAUCUGGUACCGUCAGACCACCGAUCCCAAGCGUGCACUCAGCGAUCUGAAAGUCUCCACCACUAAAUGCGAGUUUCAGGCCCUUCAGCAGCAGGAAUACCAGCCAGUGAAUCUAAACUUCAAUGAGUUGUGCGGAAGCCCCCCGCUGUACCUGUGGUACAAGAGAGAGGAAUCCGGCAAGCCCAUCAAGGCCCUCACCCUGGUCCUUGACACUGCUGCCGUUCCAGUGUACAAGAAGGCUGGUAUCCCUGUUAUUGAGAAAGAUCUCAACCCGGGCACUAAAGACCACAUUGAGUACCUGUGUUUUAAUCAGUGAAAGCCUGAGAGAGUCUUCCUCAUGGUGGCACAGCUGA